UGCAUUUGAUAAUUAAUUUAAUUUUAAGGUCAAGGAACACUUGCUAUCGAAAUUGGCCAAAUAUGUGAUUAAAAUAUUCACGCUUAACAAAUUUUUCAUCCUCAGACUGUUAACUACUCUUCAAUAUGAGCCAUUUCGCGAUCUGGAGAGCAGCCAAGACAUAUAUAUCUGGUAUAACUAGACGCACGUAUAGAAUAGGCCAUCAUGCUAAAAAUGGUCGAUUAUUAUCGACGAAGAUGGAUGUCGAUACUACUUCAUAUGACAAAAGCCAAGUAGACCAGCUGGAGGACAGAUGCAUUAUUGUAGAUAAAGAAGACAGGAUCAUCGGGUCAACUUCAAAGAAAGAUUGCCAUAUUGCAGCUAACAGGAGUGAAGGUGAUUUGAAAUCAGCUGGCGGACAACUUCAUCGAGCAUUUAGUGUGUUUUUGUUUAAUUCUAAAAACGAAUUGCUCCUCCAAAAGAGGUCGAAGCUGAAAAUAACAUAUCCAGGAUGCUACACAAAUACUUGCUGUAGUCACCCUAGGGCUACUAAUAUCGAAAUGAACGACCAUGAGCACAUAGGUGUCAAAAUUGCAGCUCAAAGAAGAAUGCAAUUUGAAUUGGGUAUCCCUGCAACCCAGGUACCAAUUGAAGAUAUUCAUUCAUUGACAAGAAUACAUUACAGUGCAACUGCUGGUGAUAUCUGGGCCGAAAAUGAAGUUGACCAUGUGCUCUUGAUAAAGAAAGAUGUUGACAUUUGUGUUAACGAGGAUGAAGUUGAAGAUGUGAAGUUCCUAAGUACUGAGGGCCUAGAUGAGUUCUUGAAGACUAUUGGUCCUGCUGGACAUAGUAUAACACCUUGGUUCAAAUUUAUAUGCGAGACUUUUCUGCCUGGCUGGUGGAACGAAAUUAAAGCUGGGACAAGCUUUAAAGAACUUAAAGAUGACAAAAUUUGGUAUGCUGGAACAAUAAAAUGGCACUAAGAGUUGCACAUCUACAAGUCAGGCAUACACCACACACAACAUUUAGAAUACAUUGCAAGCAAACAUUGUAGUUCAUCAGCUUCAGCUUUGGUUAGCUGAGGAUUGAAAAACUCAUUCAUUUCUCUUUGGUUUUAUAAUGUUUUAUAACCAUGCAAAUACUUUUUCACAUUUAAACUCAAAAGUGUAAUGCUGUAUUUUCAUUUCACAUAAACUGUGUUGCCCUGAUAUCAUUAUCACCUCAAUUAUGCUUUUACAACAUUCCCAUUGAUCUUGAUAUGUCCAAAUAUGUAAGUCACUUUUGAUAUACUUUUUACAGGUUUUAUGAUUCAUUUCAUGAUAUUGCUCUUACUUCACUGUAAGUUAAUUAUAAUUGUGUAUUCUUCAUCAGUGGGGCCCAUACAUACAUUUUUAUGGCUAGUAGUGUAAACUAAUAUUGUUGUGCAAGUCAGUAGUAUUGCUUCUGAUAAAACUUUCUAUUCAAGAUUGUAAUGAUUUUCAUAUUUUAUUGUAAGGUCAAAUUUGCUGGUUGUUGUUUAAUGAAUUAACAAAAUAAUGCUUUUGUAUAUUAAAAAGAUAAGAAAUAAUAAAAGCUGGUCAUCAUGA